CGCCGUCAUCUUUGAAAAGACCGCACCAACGGAAGGUUGAUAGGCUGAGGCCUAGCGCUAUGUUUAUAAAUUGCAUUCGAAAAGUUACAACCGGUGUGGUCUUUCAAGUAAUUUUUUUUUCUCGUUUCUUGAUUUAAGGGGAUAGAGCCGUUGGACGGCAAGAUGAGUGAACAGGUCGCUAUGAAGAUUGGGGUGAAUGUUGACAUCCAGAGGACUGAUGGACGAGUUCAUUCUGCUGUUAUUAGUGGCCUCAACAAAGACACAAAGAGUGUGACUGUAGAAUGGUACGAAAAGGGAGAAACAAAGGGCAAAGAGAUUGAAAUGGAGGCCAUAGUCAGCCUGAACCCUCAUCUCAUUCCACCCGGAGGUGAUGAUAAUGCUCCAGAGCAGAAGGCUGCACCAAAAAAGAUUCCAACAAAAGCUGCUGCUAGGGAAGAAGAAGCCAUGGAGCAGGAUGACGAUGACCCCCCAAGCACUGCAAGCUCUUACUCAUAUGCAAAUGGGAAUUCAGAAAACAUCCCAGAGCGUAAGCCCCAAGCUAAAAGACCAGCCAGAAGAGCUAUUCCCAGCCGUCAAGGGGAGAAGAGAAAUAUGGCACCGCCCCCUGACCCCCCUCGAGCUGCACAGAAAGCUUCAUCUGCUCGAAGUCGUCCCAGUUAUGCAGUGGCUCCUAAGUCCAACACCCCGAGUCAGCAAAACGGCCAGCCUGAACCGGCCCCAGCACAGUCUGACUCAAGAAAAUCUCUUGCGCCAGCAGCUAACAAUGCAGCUGCCAGGAGAAAGUCGAACUGUGUGAAAGAAGUUGAAAAGAUCAAACAGAAACGAGAAGACAGACGGGCAGCUCACCAAGCCAUUAAACAAGAUUAUGAGUCUUCAUACGACACCAGCGACCCCAACUGGGAGUUUCUGGCUAUGAUCGGGGACUUCCGGAGUAAUCUGGACUACCGUCCUAUCACUUCAUCUGACCCUAUAGAAAACCACAGGAUAUGUGUAUGUGUGCGUAAGAGACCCCUCAGUAAGAAAGAGGUCGGCAAGAAAGAAGCUGAUGUGAUAACUGUUCCCAACAAGGAGAACGUGAUAGUUCAUGAGCCAAAGCUUAAAGUGGAUCUCACCAAGUACUUGGAAAACCAACAGUUUAGAUUUGACUAUGCCUUUGACGAAAAUGCCACCAAUAAUGUUGUAUACCGGUACACUGCACAGCCCCUAGUGGAGUGUAUUUUUGAAGGUGGAAUGGCUACUUGUUUUGCUUACGGACAGACAGGGAGUGGAAAAACUCAUACAAUGGGGGGAGAUUUCUCAAGUAAAGGACAACAGGACUGUAGCAAAGGAAUAUAUCUCUUAGCAGCAAAAGAUGUCUUCAAACUAUUGAAUUCAAGAUACAAGAAGUUGGAUCUCAGCGUUGGAGCGAGCUUCUUUGAGAUUUACAGUGGGAAGGUGUUUGACCUCCUGAAUGACAAGGCCAAGCUGCGUGUGCUGGAGGACCACAAGAACCAGGUCCAGGUGGUGGGCCUGAGGGAGCAGGUGGUUACCAACGCUGACCAGGUGCUGGAGCUGAUCCAGCACGGCAACAACGUCAGGACAUCGGGACAAACUUCUGCUAACCAGCACUCAUCACGCUCACAUGCUGUCUUUCAGAUUAUUCUACGACAACGAGUUCGGAACAGAAUUUAUGGGAAGUUUUCAUUGAUUGAUCUGGCAGGAAACGAGAGAGGUGCAGACACAUCCAGUUCUGACAGAAACACCAGGAUGGAAGGAGCAGAGAUCAACAAGAGCCUCUUGGCCCUCAAGGAGUGUAUCAGGGCUUUGGGCAGGAAAGGGGCUCACCUUCCUUUUAGGGCCAGUAAGCUGACCCAAGUGUUGCGAGACUCGUUCAUCGGUGACAAGUCGAGAACGUGUAUGAUCUCUAUGAUAUCUCCUGGUAUGAGCUGCUGCGAACACACUUUGAACACACUCCGUUAUGCUGACAGGGUGAAAGAAUUGGGGCCAGGGGGCCCAGUGGAGGGCAAGUCCUCCGAUGUAGCCCAGAACAACUUUCCAGUGGAUGGGACUUCACCGCAGAACUCUGAUCUUGCCCUACUUAAGACUUCAAAUGCUGAGGAGGUGACAGAGGAACUUCUGACAUUCCAUCAAGCCAUGAACAAGAUGCAGGAGAUGGAGGAGGUUCUUGUGGACGAGUACAAAGCUUAUAUAGAGGAGUCUCAGAAAUGGGUACAGGAAGACAAGAAGCUGUUCAAGAUGACAGACAAUGUGGAGUAUGAUGUAGAAGACUUUGCAAAGCAGCUUGAUGCAUACCUCGCGAAAAGACAUCAAGCCAUUUCGUCAUUACGAGAAAAAGUGGCGGCAUUCCGACAAGAGAUUCAAGAGGAAGAAACAUUGAGCAAGAACAUCAAGUCUGCAAGUAACGUCAAGCGGAAGUAACAAUGCGUGUUGUGAUCCCAGAAUCAUCUCCUCCACCACUGCGUAUUGCCUGACCAUGUGCUGAGAACAUUAUCUAUCUAUCUAUCUAUAUACACGAGUUCCUUGCCAUUGAAUAGAUGUGACCAUGAGUGCAAGGGGCGUGCUUUGGUGUCCACAAAGGGCUCCUUUGUUUCCUGUCGCUGUGGAUUUUGUUUUUUCCUUCGCUGCUAUUGUUGCCCAGGAGCGGCUUUAUUCCUCGUGCAGGUGGUUGGUGGGAGUUCUAGUGUGAUCUGCCCCUUCUACUUCUAUUUGAUGUUGCUAGCGUCCUAGUCUGUUCAUCUCGGAAUGUGGUCAUUGUCUUACUGACUUGCCAUAAUGUGCAAACCAAGAAAAUUCUUUGACAGUCACAUUUCUGUUCUGAGGCUUAUAAUUUUAGUUUCCGAUAGGUAAAGGACAGAAUAAAGAUCUCUUCAGUUCUCGGCCAAAGUGUUUUUCAUAUGACAGAGAUGAUCUUUUCGAACCAUAUUAGAUUAUCCAGUUUGCAAGUCUAAAGCCCAUAAGCUUAUGGCUGCUGUUCUGAGGCGAUGUUAUAUCUGCCCGUUAAGCCGAAAUAACCUUUUGGAACUAAAAUAGACUGUUGAAUUUAUAUGUCUAAGGCUCCUGCGCUCAUAGUAACACGUUUCUGGUAACAUUGUAUUUGACUAAUGGAUCUGAUGUUUUGUAUAUUGGUUUAGCUCGAGUUGUGCUCAGCGUGUUGUCGUAACUGCCAUAACGGUUGCAAAAAAGAAAUGACAAGAUGACUUGUUCUGGUACUUCAUCUACUGCUUUUUGUUUCUAGUUAAGGAUGUGAAAAUUGACAGCGUUUGGGUGAAUGUCAGGUUCAAGGACCCCUUGAUUGUUUAUGUGGAAUCAAAUAUCAUUAGUAUUAUUAUAAUUAUUAAGUCUUAAGUAUAAAAGCGAGAUGUGCAAGUGGGCUUUUAAAAAUGUCUUCUCUCUGUCUGUGUAGCUGAAUGGCUUAUCAUACUGUGUAAAAGUGACAUGGUGCUGAUGGUGUUUCUUUAUGUAGCAUGUUUGUAGGGAACACCCUUCUUCAUCUAGUCGGAUCUGCAUGACCAAAUUCAGUGCAGACAUACAAAUUGGGCAGGGAACUUACCCAAAAGAAGUUAUUUGGGGUAAACUUUCGGUGUUCUCUACAGAGCUAUUUCUCUAGACUAGUUGUAAUCCAGUGAACUGUAGCCUUGGUCAAAGUGAAAAUGUAUACAGUUGGACCUGUUUUGAUUCUCAUCUGUUGAAAGGAACAAUGCUGAAGGCGAUGGUGAGGAUAUCUCUGGCUGUUUUCAUUUUUUAUUGUUAAUGCCAGAAAUAAAGUAUCCCAUUCUGUGCUUGGAAUUUAGAUCUUGUUAUGAUCUUGAGAAUUAUUUCCCUGACUGGAAAUCUAAAAUGUGAACCGGCAAAGUAGAACCAUGGUUGCUCUUGAGAUGUGUGCUGGCCUGCUAGCUUUUCUCACACUUGUUUUAUGAUUGAGGCUACAACUGACACUUGUUUUUAUGAUUGAGGCUAUAACUCACACUUGUCCUAUUUACUGCCGGGUAGCUCACUCAUUGCUGAACAAAUUUGAAAAAUAUUUACACAAAGUGUAGCAAUGAUUAUAUUGCCCCACAAAUACUGGUAUGGAAUCAAAACUGUUUGCUCAUAUGAUGUACACAAAUAUUUUUCCACUUGAAAGGCACUUCCUUUCCAAAAUACUGUAACUAGCUAUCCUUUUGUUUACCAAAAGUGGCUGAUGUAAAUUUGCUUUGUGUACAAUAUUAUUGGCUGUGUAAAAAGUAACGCUGGCUUCUUUUAGAACAAAAACAAAAUGUUGAGAACAAAAUUAGGAAACUUUUGAUUUUUGUCCAUUUUCAUUUUGUUUGGAUCCAGUUUGCUUGGUUUGAAUUUGAAAUCAGGUUUGCUUAGUUGGUAGGUAAACUGUUGUCUUGUGUUCCAGUGUGUGGGUGUAAGCGCUUUCUUACCAAAAGGUUGUUGCUGAGCUGCCCUUGUACAGUCAGAUAAAGUAUUACUACUACUGUCCGACACCAUUAAUGUUGGGAUGUAGUUCACAAAGGUAGACAAUUGUCUGUAAAAGCGCUCUGAUGAAAUGUCCACAUCAUUGUCUGAUGUAUAUAUAUAUUUUUUUAAUACUUCUUUUUUUCUUAGUGUCACAAAGUACAUUGUGUAUCUUUUGUACUUCUUUACUUUCCCUCUGUUUCUUCUGUCUGUCUGUCUGUCUGUCUGUCUGUCUGUCUGUCUUACUUUUCCCCAGCACUAAAUGACCUUUAUUGUGUCAAUGGGCUUCUUUUUACUCAAACAAACAAACAAGUCUUUGUUUUUUCUUAGUGUCACAGGAGUAUUUAUUGAAUGUCAUUAACGCUUUAACCCCGAGUUUUUUCCCAGAGUUUACCAGUCACCUAAACCUGGUGCACUAUGUCUCAUUAUAAUAACCCUAUAAGUUUGCCUCCAACUUCUAAAUGGUGGAAACAAAGGCUUUGUCAAUACUAAAAAAAACUUGGUUUGGGAAUAGUUCCGAAAAACAAACAAAUACUUGCACUAAAUGAAACAAAACAGUUGUCACCAGUAGUAUUGGACGCUGCCACCAGCUUCCGAUGGGCAACAGGGUUAUUACCGCCGGUCCAUUGGGGUUUAAAAUUUUUAGACUGAAUGAGUUUAACUUGCCAACAUUGGCUAAUGCAGAGAGUGGAACUGUCUAUGAGAGACAAGCAUUCAACCACAAGUUUACAAUUAUAUCUCGGUAUAUUUUCUUUUUCUUGCAUUUCAAGCCUUUGGCGAAGUCCUGAAGUGGUGUGGAAUACUCACACAGGUCAACUCAGUUUGGCCGAAAAGAUUUUUGCGCUCAGCUGAUCUUUUUGGAAAUUGGAGAAAAAAAAUGUAGAGUUUAUUAAAUAAUAAGUAUUGUACAGACAGACAUACCAAAAGAUUGUCAUUUUAAAAAAAAAUAUGUUGCAUACCAUGCCAGUUCUCCCAUGUCUUCUUUUUGUUGGUUCAUUAAUUAUGAAUCGUGAAAGGUUAUCAAAACAUGACAGUUUCUGGGUAGUCAAGAUCCAGUGAGUUAAUGAAGUAAAGCUGAAGUUGAAAAAAAAAAA